AUGUCAGCAACAUCACCCAUUGACUUGACGAGUUCACCGGUGUCUGUUAGAAGAACUCAUUCAGUAGCACCAGAUGAAGUUGUAAUAAUAAGUGACAAUGAAGACGAGCCUUCACAUAAUUGUAAUUAUCAUGAUUACAAUAGAACAACACAUAGUUUCGAUAACCAAAAUCUUUUCCAUUCUCCAACAACCUCAAGACAUUCUAAUAACAAUCAAGCUUCUACAAUCAACAAUGCAAACUAUAAUCUUAGAAAUGGAUUAACAGGACUCGGUACACAUGGUACACAUUCUUCCAAUGGGGGUGGCGGUCCUAUUAGGAAUACUUCAACACGUUCUAGUCGAGCACAUAGUAGACCACCUUCAACUUUAAGAGGCUUAUUUAUAGUGAGCGCUCAGUCUAAUAGUCAUACCCUUCGACAUCGACAGCAUCAUCAUACUUCACAUACUUCAGCAUUUCAUCCAUAUGCUUCAAUAAUUAUGGAUGGUAUAAAUUAUGAGGGCGGUAAUUCUUCAGGAUCUUCCAGACUUCCUACGGUACCACCUUUCUUUGAAGCUACAAAUAAUUCCCCUAAACCAACAAUAACGACAGCGGGCCAUACAAGAGAUCUGGAAGAGUCUCAUAUAUUAAUUUGUGCUGGUUGUAAUAAUUUACUUCAUGAAAAAUUAUGGGCUUUAAAUGGUUGUGGGCAUGUAGUAUGUGGUUCUUGCGUUGAUAAAUUUUCGGGAAAAAAAAAAAUUGCCUGUCCAAGUUGUAAAAAAAAACCAACAUCUACGCUACAAUUAUAUGUGUAA